AUUGCCACAACCAACACCAUCUUCGAGCUGGGCUUUGAGCGGGCACUGAAGAAGCAGAACAAGGAGCAGGUCCCUCCUGCUUCAGCACCUGAGCAGCAGCACCGGAGGCAGCAUGCAGGGAAGAGCGCUAAGAAGCCAUCAGUGAAUGAUGCUGCAGUCAAACCAGGCAAAUGCCGCUCGCUGGAGGAAGCCCUGAGAGCUCUCGACUUGGCGGACCUGCAGAAGGAGCUGGCUAAAAGCCAGAGCGUCUUCCCCGAGAACCCCUCUGUCUGGGUGAAGGACCUGGCCAGCUACCUCAACUACAAGCUGCAGGCACCCCGGAGUGACCCCAUGCUCAGCCAGCACCCCCACGACUAUCCAUACUGCCUUGUGAGCAAGGACCUGAGGAACAUCAUCAGAUCCCUGCUGGGACAGUCAUCCAGUGUGCUGGAGCUCUUCUUUGACCACUGCAUUUACACCAUGCUGCAGGAGCUGGACAAAACCCCAGGGGAGUCUUUGCACGGGUACAGGAUCUGCAUCCAGGCUGUGCUUCUGGACAGGCCCAAGAUCGCCACGACUAACCUGGGCAAGUACCUGGAGGUGUUGCGAUCCCACCAGAACAAGCCAGCAAAAUGCCUCACUGUGCUCUGGGCACUGGGACAGGCUGGAUUCGCGGAUCUCCAUGAGGGGCUGAAAGUGUGGCUUGGUGUCAUGCUCCCAGUGCUGGGGAUCAAGUCUCUCUCCCCAUAUGCCGUAUCCUACCUGGACCGUCUGCUGAUGAUGCACCCAAAUCUGACUAAAGGCUUUGGUAUGAUUGGACCGAAAGAUUUCUUCCCCCUCCUGGACUUUGCCUUCAUGCCCAACAACUCACUGCCACUCAGCCUGCAGGAGCAGCUGCGGCGGCUCUACCCUCGCCUGAAGGUGCUAGCAUUUGGUGCGAAGCCGGAGACGGCACUGCACACCUACUUCCCCUCCUUCCUCUCACGAGCUACACUGAGCUGCCCUCCUAGCAUGAAAAAAGAGCUCCUGAUCUCCAUGAGCCAGUGUCUGAGCCUGGACCCCCUGAGCUUCAGUGUUUGGAGGCAGCUGUACACCAAACACCUCUCCCAGUCCAGUUUGCUUCUGAACCAUCUGCUGGAGUCCUGGGACAGCAGCAGCAAGAAGGUGCGACAGUCACUGCAGGAGACAGUUCGCUCGUUCAAAGUAACAAAUGAGGAGCUGGCGGCGAGAGGGGCUAGCAGUGACCAGGACGUGGCCAUCUGCGAUGCUGCCUGCAAGGAGCUGCUGCGUAAGAUGAAGGGCCGGGGCUUCCCCUGGUCACGGCUGCUGCUUGUCCUCCUGGUCUUCGCGGCUGGUUUCCUCCUGCAUGAUGUCCAGACGCACGGCUCCUUCCAGGCCUCCUCUUCUGCUCACCUGCUCCAUUCCUCUGGCAUCCUGCCGGCCUUGCAGCAAGCCUGGCAGAAAGUCUCCCACUGCUGCUUCGAGGGUUACAGGUGGCUGGAGAGGACCCUGCCUGUCUACAGUUCCCAGGCAGCAGCUGUUCUGCAGCCACAACUGGAGCUGCUGUGGACGCAGAGCUGUGCGGCGGCAUGGUACAUGUUCGAGCAGCUCUCAAAACAGUUCUCCUGCUUCCUCUCCUGGGUCCACCACAGCCUGCCCUGCAUCGCAGAGUGGCUCCAGUCCCAGCUCCCAGAGUCCCUGCUGCACUUCGCUGAGUGUGUCAGAGAGCUGCUGCUCUUCCUGGUGCGGAGCUGCCUGCUGCCGCUGCUGGAGUGCAUGGCUGCAGUGCUGGAGCGGGGUUGGAAGUCCUGUGUCGAUUCCUGCAACGGAGAAGUGUCAUGGGACUGCGUGAGGGAACACCUGAUGAGCUUUACCUAUUCUUCCUGGAUUUACCUGCAAAGCACAACAGUAGCCGUCAAAAACUGGGCCUUGGCUAUGAUUUCUGGAUACUGA